CCCUUUAAAUCGUUUAAUUCAUUUGCCGACGAAUAUUGUCUCGCAUUGAUAGCGGUAUUGAUGCGGACUCUGUCGUCUAGGAUCUCCGCAGCAAUCGUUUUCUGAAAAAAAAAGAGAAGAAAAAAGAAAAUGGCAUUGUUAACGCCUUUGUUAGCAUUUCUGUAUCAUUUGCCACAGGUUUACAAAUGGCUACUAAAACCAUACUACAUAGCCUCGUUAUUUAUGUCUAGCGCGUUCCUGCUUAUCCGCAAAACGCCUGGGGUCUGUGAACAUCUUUCGACGCAGCGCGAGGAUGGCAAUUCAUGCGAUUUUGAUUGGAGAGAGGUGGAGAUACUGAUGUUCCUGAGCGCUAUAGUCAUGAUGAAAAACAGAAGAGCAAUUACCGUUGAGCAGCAUGUGGGCAACAUCAUCCUCUUUAGUAAAGUAGCCAAUGUGAUCCUGUUCUUCAGACUGGACAUACGUUUGGGGCUUCUCUACUUGACCUUGUGUAUUGUUUUCCUGAUGAUCUGCAAACCUCCUCUGUACAUGGGCCCUGAAUACAUCAAGUAUUUCAAUGAUAAAACCAUUGAUGAGGAGUUGGAGAAGGACCACCGAGUGACCUGGAUCGUGGAGUUUUUUGCUAACUGGUCACCAGAAUGUCAGUCUUUCGCCUCCGUCUAUGCUGAUCUGUCCUUGAAGUACAACUGUGCAGGGCUGAAAUUUGGCAAAGUGGACAUUGGUCGUUACAGUGAAGUAUCCAAGAAGUAUAGAGUCAGCACCUCUCCUCUGUCAAAGCAGCUGCCCUCUCUUGUGCUCUUCCAGGGGGGAAAGGAAGUGAUGAGGCGCCCUCAGGUGGACAAGAAGGGACGCGCAGUGUCUUGGACAUUCACAGAGGAAAAUAUCAUCCGAGAGUUUAACCUCAACGAGUUGUAUCAGAAGUUUAAGAAGCUCGGCAAGACCAGAGGAGAGAAAUCCGAGAGGCCAAAUGAAUCUGUAUUUUCCCCUGUGCCUGAAGAGGAGGAACCGGAGACCGAGACCAUCACUGCGAUGGACACAGAGAGCAAGAAGGACAAAUAGAAAGUGCCCAUUGCUGAAGAGCACUGUCAAUCACUAUGGGACUGGACCAGAUUGUGCUAAUGUUCAGUGUAUGCAGAGAGAGAGAGUUUGUAUGUAGUUCUAAGCAGAAUGAUUGUUUAUUUCGUUUUGUAUAACGUAUUAGUUAAUUGCAAAAUCAGUCCAAUAAUAUAGUAAAUCCUAAUACAUUAAUUAAACUUCAUAAUCAUUGAUAUACUGGAUACAGUAUACAGGUGUCCAAACAACGUCAUUUGGGACAUUGAUAUUCGAUGUCUGUCCGCUGUGUAAUUUCAAUCGAGUUAAACAUAAUUAAACAUUGGACUUCUA